CCCUCCCUCUCUCUCUCCCCCUCUCUCCCUCCCCCGCUACCUUUCUCUCGCUACCUUGGUCUUUCAAGUUAGGGUUUUUUUUUAUCGUGCUUCGUUGUUGUUGGAAUCCCCAUUUCUCUUUAGCAGAUCAAGCUUCUCUGCUUUGUGAUUGGGCUGGAAAACUUGAGCCAGACAGAAAGCAGUGAUAUGUUGUGUUGGGUUUGGAUUGAUUGAUGUCUGGCAUCACACAUGGGUUUGUCAUCAUUACUACGUGCAGAGUGAGGGUUGAUUGCUCUGGGUGACUGGUUGGUUCAGUUUUCAACAACCUGAUUCCAGUAUUUUUUGUGGAAAUUUCCAAAUCAAAAUUAAUCCUCGGAAGGAAGUGCAUGCACGACCAGAGGAGGAUUCUUUGUGUCCAUGCUGGCAGAGAGCAUGCGUGGAAUUUGUGCUUCGGGUAAUGCCCCUGACGAGUGCUGCUGCCGAUGCAUUGGGUGUGGUGACAAUUUGUCUAGUCGUUAUUUUGAGUCUUUUUGGUCUGGUGUGCAUUGCUUACUCGUUUUACUUCCGCUCUCGUGUUCGUAGUCAGGGCUUUUCUCAACUCAGCUAUUUUAGCGGUCCCUGGAUCAUCCGAAUAAAUAUCAUCUUGUUUGCAAUCUGGUGGGGUGUUGGUGAAAUUUUACGGUUAAGUUUGUUGAGACACAAGGGUAGAGUGUUGGAUGUCCUUGACUACAAAUGGCAGGAAACUGUCUGCAAAUGCUACAUUGUCUCGAAUUUGGGUUUUGCAGAACCUUGCUUGUUACUCACCAUCAUAUUUCUUCUUCGGGCGCCCUUACAGAAGAUGGGAUCGGGAGCUCUUUGUCACGGGUGGAAUGGGAAAACCGCAUUAUGUGUCCUCCUUUAUUGCCUUCCAGUGUUUUUCCUUCAGCUUGUUAUUAUUCUAAUUGGGCCGCAAUUACGGAGUAGAUUGAAAAGGUUGCCUCAUUAUUUUACAAUCACUGCUGCUCAUGGGAUGCAAAAUGCUACCUUUUGCACUUACCCUUUAUUGAAUACAAUCCUUCUUGGGGUUUUUGCUUCUGCACUAACUGUCUACCUGUUUUGGCUUGGAAGGCGGAUUUUGAAAUUGGUCAUCAAUAAGGGUUUGCAAAAGAGAGUAUACACGUUAAUAUUCUCAGUUUCAAGUUUCCUUCCAUUGAGGGUUCUUUUACUUGGACUAUCUGUUUUAUCUAAACCAGAGCAUUUUCUAUUUGAAGCUCUUGCUUUCUCAGCCUUUCUUGCCCUUUCAUGCUGUGCUGGGGUGUGUAUCUGCAUGCUUGUUUACUAUCCAGUUGCUGAUUCUUUAGCGCUGGGAGAUCUUCGAGACUUGGAGGCUAGAAGACAUGCUGCCGAUGAAACCAUUUCCCUGGUUGCAAACCAAAGCAAUCUUGAAGAAAGUGGUAUGAGCCCAGGCAGAAACUCUGACGCCUCAACCAAGCGUGGAUCAAUUUCUUUCCGGACUUACCAAAGAGAUGGCACUUCUUCAGGGCCAUUUGUGGAACUGAGCCUUUUUUCACCAAGUCGAGAUGCCACUCCACCAGGCUCACCUCCACCGCUCGGCUGGCCUAUGCGCCCGCUUUUGGACCUGAAAACUGGGCGAGGAAGUGAGUUCGCGCAGUGAAUAUCAAUUUUGUGAUUAAGAAAAACUGAUUGUAAAGGGUUAGUUUCCAAAAGGAUUUUUAUUAUUGGUUUGUUUUCUAGUGUUAGAUUAUCCUGGUUUUUGGGUCAGUGAUUCCAAGAUCUGCUUCUCUUCUUUUUGUAACAUUUUUAAUGUUGAUUUUUAUUGGCGUCUUUCUAAAUAGCCUCUUCAGUUAA